AUGGUAACACGCGAGGAACAGCCACUGAAAGAGGAGGUUAAAGUAAAGAAGAAAAGUCUGAAAGAGAAAAUAAAAUAUAUAAAGGACAACAUAACAUUAGAACCAGUUUUAGCUGGUUACGUGAUACCGGGAGUUUUAUCGAGACUGGCGACACAAAAUUUGAAUCUAGAUAAAGCAUGUCGUGUCAAUUUACAAUACGGCGAUGUUGUUUGCGAUGCGUUAAUCGCAAAGGAAGGAGACAAAUACCAAAGAGAAGAGUUAGAAGUUCAACAGCUAAUCGCAUCUAUGGAGACAUGGAAAAACAUCAUUUUGUCCGCAUUACCUUGCUUCCUCAUUUUAUUUAUAGGUGCAUGGAGUGAUAGAACUGGCAAGCGAAAAAUUUGCAUCUUACUUCCUAUUGUAGGAGAUUUAUUGGCUUGUUUAAGUGACAUUUUGAAUGCAUAUUUCUUUUAUGAGUUACCAGUUCAAGUUACGAUGUUCUUUGAAGCAUUCUUACCAGCUAUCACCGGAGGAUGGAUUACGACGUAUAUGGGUGCAUUCAGUUACAUCAGUGAUAUAUCUUCUGAAGAGACAAGAACGUUUAGAGUGGGCAUUGCUAAUUUAUGUCUUACUGCCGGUGGACCAAUAGGAACAGCUCUUAGUGGUAUUUUGUUAAAGUUUAUUGGAUAUUAUGGAGUAUUUUCAUUGAGUUCCUUUCUGUACGUUUGUAGUAUAUUGCACGGAAUAUUUUAUAUCAAGGAUCCUGAACGACCAAUGUUAGAAAAGAAUGUAGAGGAUACGCCAUCAAGUGUGGGAACGUUUCUUAAAUCAUUUUUCGAUAUCAAGCAUGUAAAAGAUACUCUCACGGUUGCGUUCAAAAAGGGACCAAACAAACGAAGAACGAAAUCGAUUCUCGUUCUUGCGUCUAUAGCUUUUAUCUAUGGACCUGCUUACGGAGAAUAUACAAUUAGAUAUCUUUUCACGAGAUAUCGUUUCAACUGGGAUGCUGUAAAGUAUAGUUUUUACAAUACUUUUUAUAUUUGCAUUCAUGCAUUUGGAGCUCUUGUAUCCAUAAGCCUUUUCAGUCGGAAGUUUAAAUGGGACGACGCUACGUUAGGUCUUAUUUCGAAUGCGAGCAAAAUGGUCGGUGGCUUAGCAACUGGUUUAUCACGAAACAGCUUAGAUAUGUAUUUAGCUGUGGCAGUGGAAAUGUUUAAUGCAACGUCAUUUACAGCUUUAAGAUCGAUAUCAUCGAAAAUGGUCACCAGUGAUGAAUUGGGUAAAAUGACGUCAUUCUUCAAUCUAAUGGAGGUGCUCACAUCGAUGAUGUUUGGUCCCUUCUACUCCUGGCUGUACAUGAUGACGUUGAAGAUAGACGCUGGCAUCGUGUUCUACCUCAGCACAGUCCUCACAGUACCGCCUAUUUUGAUUUUUGGAUGGUUUUACAUUCAAAAUAGAAAACGAUUGCGGCAACAGAAAAUUAAAGAAAUGGCUGGCGAACAAGAUUUGAGUAAAACUGUACAACAAAAAAAUAAGGAAGAUUUGCUUAGCAGUAUUGAUUUAACGGAUAAUAAAAUUUUUAUUGAAUAA